AUGGAGAGUAUCAACAGAAAUAGAGGCAAAGGUCGCUUCAAACCACUGCUUAAUGGUGAUCGGAUAGAAAAGAAGGCGGGAAAGCUCCGUGAUCGUUUUAUGGGAAGUCACUACACUACUAAAUUGCCGUACUUCUUCUGGUUAUCCAAGAUGAAUUGGAAGAUUAUUCUUUGUUCCUUUUGUGCCUGGGGCAUACUAAUCAACUACUAUGAGAGAAUUGUUGUUAAGAGAGCCAUGGAACGUUGUCAAUGGUCGCGGUGGGAACAAUGGCCCGACAACGCACAAAGCCACAAAGUUGGCCUCUUUGCUGAUCCUCAAAUUAUGGACGGAUAUUCUUACCCGGGUAGGUCAUCAGUUAUAAAUUACUUCACUAGGGUAAUUAUCGAUCACUACCAUAUAAGAAACUGGAAAUACGUACAGUAUUACUUGAACCCGGAUACAAAUAUUUUUUUGGGGGAUCUAUUUGAUGGAGGUCGGAAUUGGGAUGAUGACGUUUGGAUGGAAGAGUACAAACGGUUUCGUUCUAUCUUCCCUAAGAAACCUAAUAAGAAAACAAUCACUUCCCUGCCAGGAAAUCAUGACAUUGGCUUUGGGGAAACUGUGAUAGAACCCAGUUUUAAAAGAUUUUCUACCUUUUUUGGGGAUACUUCUAGCAUACACAACGUUGGCAAUCACAGCUUUGUGCUAUUGGAUACCAUCGCUCUGUCAGCAACCAAUAACGACAAUGUUUCCUCAAUCCCAAGACAGUUCUUGACUGACUAUAGUAAAAUGGAGCAUCCAUACCCACGGAUCCUGUUGACCCAUGUUCCCUUAUGGAGGGAUGUCUCAAAACAGACCUGUGGUUCUAAGAGGGAAUCAGAUAAAUUGUUUCCGGUCCAGAAAGGUUUACAAUACCAAACCGUGAUUGACCAAGCAAUUUCUCAAGACAUUUUAACUCAGAUAGCCCCAAAAUAUGUGUUUUCAGGAGACGAUCACGACUACUGUCAUAUUAAGCAUCACUACUUUGUGGAAGGGCGUACAGAAUUUGCAGAUGAGAUUACCGUAAAAUCCUGCGCAAUGAAUAUGGGGAUUAGUAGACCGGCAAUUCAGCUGCUCUCUUUGCAUAACGAUGUUUCACUACCGUCACAGGAUUCUACCAUUCAGACAGAGAUAUGCUAUCUUCCAGACCCAUUCAAACCGUUGUGGAUGUAUAUAUCCUUUGCUCUGCUCAACUUAUUUUUGGUAUCGAUUGUUGUCUGCAAGAAAAUGGACAAGAACAAAGUUGCAUCAUUGCCUCUGCCUGUAGAAAUGGAGAAGUCUCACAGCCGUACAGGAUUUUUCAAAGGGAAUGUUCGUCAAAAGAUGCACUUAAUUUUCCUCCACGUAUUGGCCGUUGUACCGAUGGUACUGGUUAUUUUCUACUACUAUUUUGUAAUUUUAUAG